GCGCUGCCCCUCGGGGUUGCCUCCCCUGCUUUCCCAUCCUAGGAGGCGAGCAGGGCGGCUCUCUGUGGAUCCCGGCGGCACAGGCUGUGCGUGACCCGGAUCAGCCACGCGAUGUCUCCGGUUUCCGUCCGCUCCUGCCCCACCCUCCCUGCCUGCUCGCCUGUUCCUGCAGUCUAUGUCUGCCAUUCUCAACUUCCUCCCCCUUCCCUGCCUUCCCGAGCCCUGUCUCUGCAAAUCCGCCUCUCCUUCCAGAUGUUAACUAUCAAACCCCCGGGGGCUCCCAGUCAGCGCUGGAGGGUGGUGUGAGGACCGGUAAGGCCCUGCUGGCCAAAGGGCAGGAGCCCCUGGGGGCCCGCGCUCAGCGCUCCCCGAAGAAGGUAGGAGGCUUGGCUGGCAUCUGCUGAGCCCCUGGUGUUGGUCUCCAUGCCGGAGCAUCCAGACCCUGCGUGUACUCAACAGAGAUCUGGGCCAGCUGCCUGCUGGAGUUCGAGAGUUUGUAGAGUGCAGUGCCCAUCUUUGCCAGCCAGAGGGCAUCCACAUUUGUGAUGGGACGGAGGCUGAGAACACUGCCACAUUAUCCCUGCUGGAACAGCAGGGUCUCAUCCGAAAGCUCCCCAAGUAUAAAAACUGCUGGCUCGCCCGCACAGACCCCAAGGAUGUGGCUCGAGUAGAAAGCAAGACGGUGAUUGUAACUCCUUCUCAGCGGGACACAGUGCCCCUUCCAACUAGUGGGGCCCGUGGGCAGCUGGGCAACUGGAUGUCCCCAGCUGACUUCCAAAGAGCUGUGGAUGAGAGAUUUCCAGGAUGCAUGCAGGGCCGUACCAUGUAUGUGCUUCCAUUCAGCAUGGGUCCCGUGGGUUCCCCACUGUCCCGCAUUGGAGUGCAGCUCACUGACUCAGCAUAUGUGGUAGCAAGCAUGCGUAUUAUGACCCGCCUGGGGACGCCUGUGCUUCAGGCACUGGGAGGUGGUGACUUCAUCAAGUGUCUGCAUUCCGUAGGCCAGCCCCUGACUGGGCAUGGGGAUCCUGUGAGCCAGUGGCCAUGCAACCCGGAAAAAACCCUGAUUGGCCAUGUGCCAGACCAGCGGGAGAUCGUCUCUUUCGGCAGCGGCUAUGGUGGUAACUCCUUGCUGGGCAAGAAGUGCUUUGCCCUGCGCAUCGCCUCUCGCCUGGCCAGGGAUGAGGGCUGGCUGGCAGAGCACAUGCUGAUUUUGGGCAUCACCAACCCUGCAGGGAAAAAGCGCUAUGUGGCAGCUGCCUUCCCCAGUGCGUGUGGCAAGACCAAUCUGGCCAUGAUGCGGCCUGCAUUGCCAGGCUGGAAAGUAGAGUGUGUGGGAGAUGACAUCGCCUGGAUGAGGUUUGACAGUGAAGGUCAACUCCGUGCCAUCAACCCUGAAAAUGGCUUCUUCGGGGUGGCUCCUGGCACCUCUGCCACCACCAAUCCCAAUGCCAUGGCUACAAUCCAGAGUAAUACUAUUUUCACCAAUGUGGCGGAGACCAGUGAUGGCGGUGUAUACUGGGAGGGCAUUGACCAGCCUCUUCCACCUGGUGUCACUGUAACCUCCUGGCUGGGAAAACCCUGGAAACCUGGUGACAAGGAGCCCUGUGCACAUCCAAACUCUAGAUUUUGUGUCCCGGCUCGACAGUGUCCCAUCAUGGACCCAGCCUGGGAAGCUCCAGAGGGUGUCCCUAUUGAUGCCAUCAUCUUCGGAGGCCGCAGACCCAAAGGGGUACCCCUGGUCUAUGAGGCCUUCAACUGGCGUCAUGGGGUGUUUGUGGGUAGUGCCAUGCGCUCUGAGUCCACUGCAGCAGCUGAACACAAAGGAAAGAUCAUUAUGCAUGACCCAUUUGCCAUGCGGCCUUUUUUUGGUUACAACUUUGGGCACUACCUGCAACACUGGCUGAGCAUGGAGGGACGCAAAGGAGCGCGGCUGCCCCGCAUCUUCCAUGUGAACUGGUUCCGGCGUGAUGAAGCAGGCCGCUUCCUGUGGCCAGGCUUUGGGGAGAACGCUCGUGUACUAGACUGGAUCUGCCGGCGAUUAGAUGGAGAAGACAGUGCCCAAGAGACACCCAUCGGACUGGUACCAAAGGAAGGAGCCCUGGAUCUCAGUGGCCUUGGAGCCAUAGAUACCACUCAGCUGUUCUCGCUCCCCAAGGACUUCUGGGAACAGGAGGUCCGUGACAUUCGGAGCUACCUAAUGGAGCAGGUCAACCAAGAUCUCCCCAAGGAGGUGUUGGCUGAGCUUGAGGCCCUGGAAGGACGUUUGCACAGAAUGUGAUCGAGACCUCUAGACUAGCACAGCACCCUCAUCUGGAAAUAGGGAGCUCCCAGGCUUAUAGAAAAUACAAGCAGUUUGACAUUAUGUGAGUGCCAUGAGGCCAGGCCACAGACCUCCCAUGCUGUCAAAUAAGAGAUGAUCAUUUAUUUUAUA